UGCAUACAACAGUUUCAUUUUCAUUUAAAUUGCUCCGAAUCGUUUCUUCUCAAUCUUUAUUCAACUUCCUUGCUUUCAUUUGGCACACAUUUUUAAUCAUUUUUAACUAACAAACAGCAUCGGAAAUGACACCUCAUACAGAGCAGACCUCCACGGCGGGCUUCAAAUUCGACAAUGUGAAGAGAAACCAGCUGCUUUGCGACAAGGGCUACAAGCUGGCCUCAGCGACAAAGACCGGAACCACCAUUGUCGGGCUUAUUUUCAAGGAUGGCGUUGUUCUGGGCGCCGACACACGCGCGACCAACGGCCCCAUCGUGGCGGACAAGAACUGCGAGAAAAUACACUAUAUCGCGCCCAACAUUUACUGCUGCGGUGCGGGAACUGCAGCCGAUACAGAGUUUACGACAAACAUGAUCAGCUCGCAGAUUGCGCUGCACUCGCUGACCACCGGCCGUGAUGCACGCGUGGUGACUGCGAUGACGAUGCUUAAGCAGCACCUGUUCAGACACCAGGGCCAUAUCGGUGCGGCGCUGAUCGUCGGCGGCUACGAUGUCAGCGGGCCGCACUUAUUUAACAUUUACCCGCACGGAUCCACAGACAGCCUGCCGUACGUCACUAUGGGCUCCGGCUCGCUGGCGGCCAUGUCGAUGUUCGAGUCGCGCUGGCGGUCGCAAAUGUCGCGCGAGGACGCCAUCGAGCUGGUCAAGGACGCCAUCGAGGCCGGUAUUUUCAAUGAUUUGGGUUCGGGGUCCAACGUUGACGUCUGUGUCCUGACAAAGGGCAACACUGAGGUUCUGCGUAACUACGCUAGGCCCAACGAGCGUGCUGUCAAGGAGCAGGUGUACACGUUUAACAGGGGAACCACCGAGUUCUAUGUGCCCCGUGCGGCGGCCCAGGCUGCAGAGGCCGCCACUGCCAUGGACACGUCGGCCUAGAGCAUGCGAUACGAUGCGACAUGGCAUGGCAUGACGCGCUGCUACUCCUGCCUUCAUAUCAUUCAAUAACUAUUUUAUACCAAUGUCAAUGCCAAUACCAGUGGUCGCAACUCGUAAGAAGAGCAAAUGUUAUUUUACUACAGCUUCUUUCGUCUGUCUGCUCACAUGCACCCCCACAAGCUAGUAAGCUACAGAGCACUCGAUGUGAUGUGCGCGCGUGAGGGCGAUUAGUGAUCCGCGAAAGAAGGAAGUGCAUUAUUGA